AUGGUAUGCGGAAGGUGUGUGAGUUCUAUUUUUGUUCGAGCUGGAAUUUUGAACAGGAGAUUUCGAUUCGACUUUGUUGGGAAGGGUUUGUUGCCUAGAGUUGUUCCGGAAGUUGCUGUUUAUUUUCCGAAUCGGGUGUUUAAGAGGUAUCUAGGGAUGAUGGUUGAUACAGGCUCUAUGUCGACUAGGGCUGGUCCGUCUAUGGAUACGGCGUCGCAGAAAGAUGAUGAUUCUGCUCGGUCCGGUUUUGUUACCGGUGGAUGUAAGAGUGAAGAUGAAAGACUUGUCUGUGGGUAUUCAAGCUUUAGGGGGAAGAGAGUGACCAUGGAAGAUUUCUAUGAUGUUAAGACAUCAAUCAUUGACGGUCGUUCAGUGAGCUUAUUUGGAAUAUUUGACGGUCAUGGUGGUUCUCGUGCUGCUGAGUAUUUGAAGGAUCAUCUAUUUGAAAAUCUCACGAAGCAUCCAAAGUUUUUGACGGAUACCAAAUUGGCUAUAAGUGAAACAUAUCAGCAAACCGAUGCUGAGUUUCUGGACUCUGUAAAAGAUAAUUUCCGGGAUGAUGGUUCUACUGCUUCAACAGCUGUUUUGGUCGAUAACCAUCUUUAUGUUGCUAAUGUUGGAGAUUCUAGAACUGUAAUAUCAAAAGCUGGAAAAGCAAUUGCUCUCUCUGAGGAUCAUAAGCCUAAUAGAAGUGACGAGCGGAAGAGAAUUGAGAAUGCUGGGGGUGUUGUCAUGUGGGCAGGUACUUGGAGGGUUGGAGGGGUGCUAGCAAUGUCUCGUGCAUUUGGCAACCGUAUGCUGAAGCCGUUUGUUGUAGCUGAACCUGAGAUCCAGGAGCAGAAAAUAGAUGAAGAUACCGAGGUGCUUGUUCUUGCAAGUGAUGGACUCUGGGAUGUAGUACAGAAUGAUGAUGCUGUUUCUAUUGCACGGGCAGAAGAGGCAGCCGAGGCAGCUGCUCGGAAGUUAACAGAAGCCGCAUUUAAUCGCGAUCCAGCUAGCAGUCAGCAUGCAUGA